AUGAUUACAUCCAGCAUUACAAUUGAAAGUUUAAUAAAAGAAGGAGUAAAAUGUUCUGAAGAAUUUAAAAUUGACGCAGAACCUGAAAUAUCCUGUCGAGAAAAAACACGUCUCAUUGGUACCGAUAAAAAUGACUUAUAUGAGCUUGUCACAGCUCCUUUAAAUGGUACAGUUGAACUGGAAUGCCAUUUUUGUCAUGAUAUAGAUGACCAAUAUCCAAAAAUAUGGUAUUACCAAAAUGAAAUAAACAGCGAUUCAAAUCAAGAAGUUGAUGUAGGGAUGGACACUAAUCCUCAAGAUUGUAAAUUUUUUGUUACUACUAGCCAUACAUUGAUAAUUCGAAACAUUACUGCAGAAGAUGGAGGAUUUUAUUUUUGCCAUGGAAGAAUGGGACAAGAAGCACAAUAUAAAUACAAUUAUUUAGUUGAUGUCAUGGAAAACCUGAAUAUUACAUCGUACAAGGGUAAUAUAACACAAUGGGCAAUUUACCAUAAAGACAUAUUAGACCCUAUAAACAAAUAUUUCAAAACUGCAUCAGAGUCUGAGUUUACAUUUAUUAGAGACAACUUAAGCACAAACUUGGAAGUCAUAACUGAAUGGAGCUCUUGGGGUAGAUGUCAAGUUUGCGAAUUUCCUCUUGGACAUGCAAUCAAAACUAGAACAGGAUUUUGCCAUAUCAAGACUAAAAAACUUAAUCAGCAAAAGCAUUCAGAAAAUGAUAAAACUGCAGCUUAUACUGGUACCGAAGCAUUGCAAGCAAAAUUUAUAAUAAAUGCUUUCAAACUAUCUUGCCGAUCUGUCUAUUUUAGUAAAUUAUUUCCAAUAAUAGCAAAUUAUACAAAGAUAAUACCAAAUUAUAUUCAAAUUGAUUCUUGUGUUGGAAAUUGUAUAUCAGGUAAAUUUAAAGGAUGGCAAUCGAAGAAGAGUCCCUACAAAUACAAGAAAAGCUAUGUAAUAGCACAAGGUGCACAUUUGACGUUGAUUUGUCCUGAGUCAACAAUUGAAACAGAAGUGGUGUGGAAAAAACAUAAUAAAGAAUUGGGAGGUUCCUUAAGAAGAAAGGAAAAGGAAUCUCAUAUAGCUGUUGAUACUUUUGGCAGUCUCUAUAUAUUUGAUGCGACAAGUCAAGAAGCAGGAAAUUAUACUUGCACAGUGAAUGAUAUCAAAAUGCAAGAAGUUACAAUCAUGGUUAUUUCCAAAGCGGUUCUUCUGACAAAAGCCUUUUUACGUCAUAUGGCAUAUUUAGCAUUUGUUCUCUCUUUAACUUUGUCUUGCUACUGCUCUGGAUUGUUUGUAAUGUGCAAAAAUCACAAAUCUUCUAAGAAUUAUGCAGACCAGCCAAAGGAAGAAGAAGAUGUUGAUGAAUCAUUCCUCACAGACACCGAUGAUGAACCUACAACACCUCCAUCAGAAAUAGAUUUGUACAAAUUGUUAAUCCCUAAAGCAGAAAAAUCCAAAGAGAUUAGCAAUGUAUUUCAGAGUAAACAAAGUAAACAUAAUAAAAAACAUUUUAAAAGGAAGACUGAACCAAAUUCAAUUAAACAAAAAAGUGCCUCAUUAAAUGUGAAGCCUCAAGUUCUAAGCCCUGAAAAAACACAACCCAGAUUACAAACUGAAAUAGAAAUUGAAAAGCUUCCUCAAUCUUCACUUCAGUCCAAUAAGGAACAGAAAAUGCAUAAAGAAAAUAAUUUAAGUACUAGCGUUGAUCAUUUGUAUCAUAAUGAUAAUUUUGAGAAAAAACUUGAUAGCUCAAAUAAUGAUAUAUACAUUAAUUGGUCAACAGAUCAGAAUAUAUUAAAUAAUUCAGAAACUUCAUUUGACAGUAUUAAAAUAUCAGAAAAUAUAAUUAAUAGAGGAAAUAGCCUGAACAAUAAUAGUUUUGAAAAUCGUACUAUACUGGCAAAACACGAAGCAUUAAAAAAUGGUGGCUCUAGUUAUUUUUAUGACAAAACUGAUAUUUCAAAAGAAGAAAUUGAUAUAUAUGAUUUCAAUAAUAUGCCAUCCACUUCCAAACCAUCAGUUUUAUAUAGUAAAGAUCCUGAAUAUGCAAUGCGCAUAUUUCUUUAUGAAGAUGAUAGUGAUAACAUAAAGAAAAAAAUUCAUAAAAAGCAUCGAUCAUAUUGGCAACAACAAAAAAUAAACAAACCAAAUAUUAACAACACUUUCAAACCCGAUUACAAUAUAACAGAAUCAUCUAAAUCAUUAUUACAAAAUGUAUACAACUAUAGUGAUUCCAACACUUCAAGUACAACAGAAUCGAGCCAUAGUCAACAAAAUAACAAAUGGAUAAUUGAUGAUACAUCAACAACAUCUAUUUCAAUAGGAACUCUUCGUACCAAAGAAAUUGAUGAAGAUGAUGAUGAUGAAAUUAUCUUCACAUCGGGGAAAAGGACUAAGGACAAAAAUAUUUUCGAAAUAUUUUCUUCUACACUAAAAUCUUUCUUUUCAUCAAAUACAUAUAGAAACAGGAGUCUAAACAUUUAG